AUGAUCUCGCUCUUCGCCUCGACUUCAAGGAGGGCAUUCAGCACCAGCGCCCGAGCGCUCGUUAAGCAGCCCAUGCAGGCUUCUGCUGAGGUCGCCACCCCUGCUGACCUGCUCGCCAAGAUUGGCCGCAACGCCGACACGAAGCUCGCCGAGAAGGCGGAGACUUGGGAUGCGCUGAACGAGCUGUGGAUGCAGGGAUCAAAAGGCCCGCUUGGAAAUGCCGGUCUGAGGAAAGAGAAGAAGAGCAACAUCGCGAUCGGUCGAAGGAAGCCUGCUUCUGAACGGGCUACUCUCUUCCGGCGAAGAGUUAUGGACGGGCAAAGCGUAGAGACUGAGGGGUUGCUUGCCAUCAUGUUGGAACUGGAGAAAGAACGGUAG